AUGGACAUCUUGGGUUUCAACCUUGCCAACCCAAGCCUUCCAAAGAGUGUCCUGCAACCUCUCCCACACCCGUGCACUUCGUCAAUCGCCUCGUCUGCGUCGUCUUCCUCGUCCUCAGUCUUCUCCCUCGACUCCUCUUCCCAAUAUUCACUGUCGUCGUCAGCUAGUUCUGUCGACGUGAUCUGGGAAAAUGAGGUCUUAGGAACUGGUGACUCAUCAUCACAGCAACCGGCUGGAGGAGCUAGAACGUUGAGCUCGUCAAGUGAAUCGAACUUCCACUGCUUCCGUUCUGGAAGAGGUUGUGGCCCUAAAGUCGCUGACGCUGCGGUUGCUCCUGAAUUGCGGCAGAAUCCCCGACGUACCAAUAGUAACACCUCAUUGUCAUCUGCCUGUUCGCGGGCCCCACCUUCGUUGGUCCGCCAGUGUGAUCGGAAGGUCAAUUUCGUCGACAAUCUUGUCGACUCUGCGUCUCAGAUCGUCGAAACUAUCUGGCCGUUAUCAGUGGUAGCGCUCCGCAAUGAUUCUCCCUUGGGUUCAAGGGGGGUUUUGCCACUGCGCACUUUCAUCCAGGAAACCCUUCGACGGUCAAGAACCAGCUAUUCGACUCUCCAAGUUGCCCUGUACUAUCUUAUCAUGAUUAAGCCUCAUGUACCUAAACAAGAUUUCACCAUGGAGCAACCCAGGAACCACCCGUGCUCUCGUGCUAUGCAAUGUGGCAGGCGAAUGUUCCUUUCUGCACUUAUUUUAGCCUCUAAGUAUCUCCAGGAUCGAAAUUACUCCGCCAGAGCGUGGAGCAAAAUUUCGGGAUUGAAUACACUUGAGAUCAAUCAAAAUGAGCUGGCGUUCCUCGAGGCUGUGGGCUGGAAACUUCACAUUUCGGAAGCCAUCUUCCAGCGUUGGACGGACAUUGUUCUCAAGUACACGCCCAGCGCGGGUGGUUCUCCAAACGGAGAAGGUCUCACCUGGCGGAACAUUAUCCCUGUGCUCACUGCAGAACUUGACACCGUCGAUCUGGAAUCCGACCGGUAUCGUGGUGUCACUGAUCAUGUCAUGUCUGGCAUCAGCGUCUCACCGUCACAAAUAUAA